AUGAUAAUGAAAAACCAAACUGUCACCACCCAGUUCCUUCUCCUGGGCUUGCAUAUCCUGCCGGAGCACCAACACUUGUUCUAUGCCUUGUUCCUGGUCAUGUACCUCACCACCGUCCUAGGAAACCUCCUAAUCAUUGUCCUUGUUCAACUGGACUCCCAUCUCCACACACCCAUGUACUUGUUUCUCAGCAACUUGUCCUUCUCUGAUCUCUGCUUUUCUUCUGUCACAAUGCCCAAAAUGCUGCAGAAUAUGCAGAGCCAGGACCCAUCCAUCCCCUAUGGAGGCUGCCUGGCACAAACAUACUUCUUCAUGGUUUUUGGAGAUAUGGAGAGCUUCCUUCUUACGGCCAUGGCCUAUGACCGCUAUGUGGCCAUCUGCUUCCCUCUGCAUUAUUCCAGCAUCAUGAGCCUUAAGUUCUGUGCUUGUCUACUACUGCUAUUGUGGAUGCUUACAACAUCCCAUGCCAUGAUGCAAACCCUGCUUGCAGCAAGACUGUUUUUUUGUGAGAACAAUGUGAUCCUCAACUUUUUCUGUGACAUAUUUGCUCUCCUAAAGCUGGCCUGCUCAGACACUUAUAUUAAUGAUUUGAUGAUACUUAUCAUGGGAGGGCUCUUCAUUAUUAUUCCAUUCCUGCUCAUUGUUAUGUCCUAUACAAGGAUUAUCGGAUCCAUUCUUAAGGUUCCAUCAACCCAAGGUAUCUACAAGGUUUUCUCCACCUGUGGCUCUCAUCUGUCUGUAGUGUCACUGUUCUAUGGGACAAUUAUUGGCCUCUACUUAUGUCCAUCAGCUAAUAAUUCCACUGUAAAGGAGACUGUCAUGGCCAUGAUGUACACAGUGGUGACUCCCAUGCUGAACCCCUUCAUCUACAGCCUGAGGAACAGAGACAUGAAGAGAGCCCUAAUAAGAGUCAUCUGUAGUAAGAAAAUCUCUCUUCAAUAG